CCCCUCCACCGUCUCCAUCAACUCCUACUCCGUCUCCUCCGUCGCCUUCAUCAUCCCCGCCAGUCACUUCAUCGGGUGGAGGCCAGCAAAAUCCUCAGCCCAACUCUGGAGGGGGGAUGGGUCCAACUUCACCUCAGUCUACAGCUGGUGGAGGCCAGCAAAACCCUCAGCCCAAUGCUGGAUCAUCGCCUUCUGCGGGUAAUGGAGGAGGUAUAGGAGGACUGUGCGGCAGUGGCUCCUCUUCGAUGUCUGGAGGAAGCCAAGGUGGUGCAUCUGGAGGAUCUAUGUUGAAUGGUCAACUGCCGUACUCAUACAUGAAUCAGCCGAUUAUCAUGCUUUUCACCACAUCAAGCACACUCUCUCCAUCACAAGUGGUGCUUGCAGAUACUAUACUAAGUUACAACGGCAUGGGGCAAAAUACCGUGUGUCCGGUAAACCAAAUGGGUGUAAUGUACCCCUCUCCGAACCAGUACAACAAUAUAAUUUGGUGUUGACCUUUUAUCAAGAAUUCAAUGUCUAUGCUUUAAAUCACCUUGAACCUUCAUUUUUUUCCAAGCUCGGUUGGGACUCGUAUUAACUUCGAUGAAUAAAUUGUUAAAACUCAGCAAAGGCUUUAGUUAUCUUAACAUUAUUAGGGUUUCACGUCAAGGAAUGAACUUUUUUGUCUUAAAAAUUAUUGUUAACACCCGGUUCACAUCAUAUUCAUUUCAUAAUGAGAGGUAAAUUAUUUCUGGUACAGAGCUGAUGAUUCUGGUCUAUCAAAAAAAUGAAGAUACAGCCGCAUAUAAUUUCAUCAACUUAAGAUUGAUCUUUAAACAUCUUUGAAAAUUUUAUUCUCAAUAAAUCUAUUCGGAAAGAAUAUGGUCUGUACUUGUAAGCUGAAUAUGUCACUGCAAACUGAUUGCGAUCCGUGCUAAGUAUGUCCUUUCGUAAGAAUCUGGAAAGUAUGUAUUUAUAAAGACCGCGUUAGCCUUUUUUUCACGACUUAUCAAUGUUUGCAGAAACAUACAUUCUACUCCUGAGAAUUCUCCCGCAACAACCUGCAUAUAGACGGUAAAACUGCAAAAAUGCGUAUCUCGGUAGCAGUGUUUCCAUGUAUUCUCUCUUUUUUUAUUUUUUUAAAAGGAGACCAAACCAACGUCAUGCCUUGAAAAUUUUACGGAAAAUUCUCUACAUAGAGAAUAUAAAUCAUCGAAGUUUUCAAGAAAUAGCUGAAUACUUUAGGAAGUCUGCGAUGCCGCAAAUCAAGAUACUCAUUCUAAAAAUCUACGCUGGUCAAUUCAUCAACAUAUGUAUUUAUACAUAAAGACAUGGAUUUCAAAUCCACUUUUAUGAGCCGCAUAAAACCGUAGGUAAACAAACAAAUCCGCGAAUUACUAAGUUUUUUUUUGGUUGACAUAAGUAUUACAAAUGUUAAAAAUUAUUAUUUACUGAACAACAUUACUGAGCAAACCGAGAUAUGCAUUUCUACAGUUUCACCAUCGAAAUAGUUUUGUUAUGAGAAAAAUAAUGCAUUUCGUUGCACCAUCCAUUGAUGUCAAAGUAAGAUUUUGUAAUGACAUAACUAUUAUUCUUUUACUCAAUAUGCCUUCAGCAUUGUUUUACCAGACUUUUUAUAGCUUUAUUAAGCUUUUUAAACUUUUUGAGUUUUUUUCUAGCUUUUUUGUGGUACGAUUAAGUUUCCAUCCGCAAAUAUUUGCUCCUCAUUGCAUUAUCUAAUACAUCUAUAUCUAUUUAUCAACUGCUAUCUGUUUUAAAAAUGAAGAGGGUCAAAGAGUUUCAUAUUUUCCUAAAAAUAAAUUUUUGAGCACUUAAAAAUGCUCUUUUAAAAAGUCUCAAUUUGAAUCACUGGGAAGUAAAUGGAAUACGUAUCAUAUAUAUUUCGAACAAUGUUGCUCAUUUGUAUAUACUUGAUCCGGGGGACAUUGUAAGGUGAUCCUCAGACUUAGGUAGGCUUGAUUCAUCUGAUUGUAAUGAACCGUUUGUAAAUAGAAAAUUUUGAACAGUA